AUGAGAAAAUCGGCCCCACCACAACCACAACAACAGCAGCAACAGCAACAACAGUGGUCAACGGUGGUAUCGAGAAGGACGGCACAGAAGGCAAAAGGGACCAAACAACCCCCAGCACCAAAGGCUGGGGCUCCCAUCCCUGCUACAGCCCAAAAUGGAAAGCAGCGGCCUGGACCUCCAAAAAAACGGAGAGAACCUAACACAGCUGCGAUAACCAUCACCUGCCCCCCGGGGAAAUACGAAGAGGUGAUGUCAGAGGCCCGACAAAAAAUCGGCCUGAAAAGCCUAAAAGAAAUAGGCAUAAAGGAGGGAGUCAGGAUCCGGAGAGCAAUCACCGGAGCCCUGAUAUACAAGGUCCCCGGCAAGAACAGCGGAGAGCUAGCAGAUAAACUAGCUCUGAAGCUGAAACAAGCCCUUGUCGGUAAAGAGGGGGUGAGAAUCCAGCGCCCAACUAAGACAGCAGAGCUUAGGAUAAGGGGGCUGGACGAGUCGGUCACCCCCUCGGAAGUCAGAGAAGCCAUCGCAAAAGGUGGCAACUGUGAGGAGGAAGAAGUAAGCGUGGGCGAAAUAAAAACAACGCCCAACGGCAUCAAGAUGGCCUGGGUCAGAUGCCCAAUCAAGGCUGCAAAUAUAGUGGCCAAAAAGGCCAAGAUACAAGUUGGGUGGGCACAGGCAAAGGUGGAAAUCCUUGAAGACCGCCUCCUCCAGUGUUAUAAAUGCCUGGAGGGUGGCCACGUCAGAGCGCGAUGCCCAAACAAGGCGGACCGCAGUGGUAAAUGUUACCGCUGCGGUCAGGAAAGCCAUGAGGCCAAGACGUGCAAAGCCCGGUACACUGCGCGGUUUGCGGGGAUAAGAACCUCCCCGCCAAUCACAGGACGGGGGGAAAGGCCUGCAAACUGGUGCAGAAAGGGAGAAGGAGCAUCCCACUAG